UAAAGUCUUACUCGGGUCUGUAUUUGAGGUUUUUCCAAUGGCUGGUAUAACAUGUGUCCUACGUGAACAAAAUUAUUUUUCACCCAUGAAACCAUCGACCCCCGCUUUGUGAUGGGUUCAGUACCCCCAGGGAGUGAACUCCUUUGUACAAUUUGUAUUCUCAAUUUUAAAUUUAUCUUUUUACCCAAUUGGAAACAAUGCUCUAUAAAAAGUAGGACAUGUAAAUAAAAUCUAAAACUUAAGAGGGAUCUAAAUUAAGUAUCAGGUUGGACAAGGCCAUGAAGAGAAAGUGUUCGAUGCAAAGUACAAUGAACACUGGAAUGACAUGAACAUGCUGUGUGUAAGAAAUAUUUGUACUGUUGAAUUGUGUGGAUUGUAUUCCUGUCUCAGCAGCGCCCAGCAAUCGCAUAACAUCAAUCACUUCCCCCUGUGGGUGAAACCUUUUGGAGUGAAGAGAGCAGAGACCUGUACCUUUUAAAGUACCAAUCCAUGAGCCAUCUAAGCCUGAUGUACAUCCCAUGCACAUCUUGCGUCUGAUAGGUCCAUUGUCCUUCCAGAGAAGCGUAGUCCCCCCUUAAGCUAGUUUCCUAGAACCCUGUGUAUAUAUGAUACAAUUGUUGCACGGACUCACUCAUCCAAACUGUAUCCAUGCUCCUUAUAGAAACCAUUUCAUAAGGCAAUGUCACUCAAAGCACCUGGCAAAGACCCCCACAGACCUGAGGGGCCAUGAAGUCAUGUAGACACAGUCCCCUCCAAAAGUACCACAGUACAGGUUCUAUUUGGGGUUCUACGCUCUUGGUGGCUUAACUCAAGGCACUUUGGAGGAAUAUUUAGUCACGUUUAUCCAUUACUGAGGCAUAAAAAAUGAAAUGGCUCAACAAUGCAUGGGAAGUACUUCAGUCAUUGUGUCCUAUCAGCCCUUUUACUCUAAACUGUCAACAUUAGAGUUACAAAACACUUCUCCUGCGGACCUCCUCCGUCCCCUGAACGCCCAUAUUGUUUUAUAGAAAGUCACAUAAUUGAUAAAUGAUUUGCGACAGAAUUCUCAAGGUUCUUUGCGAGGAAGGGAAGAUUAGAGAUCGGUCUGUGGUUAGCCAACACUUCUGGAGAAGAGGUUUAAUUACAGCUACCUUGAAGGACUGCGGUACAUGUUCUGUCAACAAAGACAGAUUCAUUAUAUCCAGUAAAGUGCUAAUUAACAGAAAAACUUCUUUAAGCAGUUUAUUCUGAAUCGGAUCCAAGAGGCAGGUAGAAGAGUUACUUAGAAAUUGUAGAAGUCAGUUCAUCAACAUUGAAGAGAAGUCUUCCAAGUAGGUAUCAGGGCCCACUGCUGCAUCCAAGGUUCCUACAUCUGAGGACGGGUCGGCUCUGGUUGGGGGAAUACACGGCUCGACAGCGCUGUGACUCUGUCAUUCUGGCUACAGUGCUGAAAAGAAACCUGGUGUUUUUAUUUUUCUCGAUUAAUGAGUAAGAAGAUGCUCUUGCGUUACGGAGAGCCUUCUUAUAUGUUUUAACGCUGUCUUGCCAAAAUAGCCUAGAUCCUUCUGAUUUGGUGGAACACCAUAACCGUUCAAGUUUCCGCAGUUUGCUUUAAGUUCUGGGAUUGUUAUACCAAGGAGCGAACUUCCUUCUUGUUGCCAUUCUUCUUUUGAGGGGAGCAAUACCGUCCAGCGCCAUUCUCAAAGAGCCUGUGGCAGCAUCGACAAGAUUUAAAUGAGGCUACAGCGGUAUCCGAUUAACAUCGACUGUAGAAACCCUUGGCAGGAGAACGAGAGACCGGUAGUAGAAAUUCAAAGGUUAUCAAACAAUGGUCCGACAGGAGAGGGUUCUGUGGAAAGAUUGUUAAAUGUUCAAAUCACAAUACCAUACACAAGGACCGUAAGUCGAGGGUGUGGUUAAAACAAUGAGUUGGUUUGUUUACACUCUGAAAGAAACCAAUUGAAUCAAACAAUGAGAGAAAUUAAGUACCAAGGCUGUCGUUAUUCGUUUUCGUUAAGAACUGUGAAAAUUCAGAUAGAAAUUCUGAAUAAGGACCUGGGGCCCAGUGACAGACGCUCUCCAGCAACAACCACCAUGUGAUGUUUGUCACAUGUGAAAGCACUUAUUAUUAUCAGCGCUCCACCGUUAUGAAACCAGUUACAUACUGAUCAUGUGACCACGCAUCUUGUCUGAUUUCGUGCUUCCUGCAAUAAGAGGAAACCUCUGAGUAAGAGGCUGUGUUUAGCGAGGCUCCGCCUCCCAAAGUCCCAGUAGCUUUACUGGUGACUGUCUGGUGUAGUUUCAUAAACACUGAUACCUAAACUCCACUGACCCGUGUAUAAAGCCUACUAACGGAGUCCAGCCCCGGGUUUAAAAUUUAAAAAUGAUCUCUUGACAUAUUAACGAAGGAAAAGCUCUUCCUGCUCUGCAGGCACAUAAAUCCCUCCCACAGGAAGUACAGCGUCCCCCUUUUUACCAGAGAAGGCUGCAAGAGAGAAGCAAAGAAGCUGCUCUGUGCCAUGAGGGCCUCUUUCCUCCUCCUCCUCCUCACCUUCCUCGUGAGCGUGUGUGAUGUUCAAGGCGACACAGAUUUUAGAAUCUGUGCCUUCAACCUCCAUCACUUUGGGGACUCCAAGUCCAAGAAGACCAAUGUCAUGCACACUCUUGUUCGGAUCAUCGCUCGCUGUGACGUGUGUUUGCUUCAGGAAGUGAGAGACAGUCAAGGGAAAGCUGUACCAGAGCUCCUGAGCCGCCUGAACAGCUAUGACCCUGAACACGACUACGCGUCAGUGUCCAGUGAGAGACUGGGCCGGACCGCCUCGUACCAGGAGCAGUAUGUGUUUGUUUACAGGACCGACACAGUGACUCUCAGCGGUCAGUAUCAGUACCCAGACGAUCUGCCAGGAGAUGUUGACGCUUUCGCCAGAGAGCCCUUUGUGGUCCGCUUCAAAGCCCCCAGCACAGACAUACGGGAGUUUGUCCUCAUACCUCAGCACACCACUCCGACCAACACCACCAAGGAGCUGGACGCACUCUACGAUGUGUUGGAACACGUGAAGGCCAUGUGGCAAACUGAGAAUGUGAUGCUGCUCGGGGACUUCAACGCUGACUGCGGCUACCUGGCUAAGAAGAACAGGAAGAACGUGCGCCUGCUCACACAGAGGGAGCUCUACUGGCUGAUUCCAGAGAAGGCCGACACCACUGUGCGAUCAACCACGUCCUGCACCUACGACAGGAUCGUGGUGCAUGGAGAAAGAUUUGCCCGGGCGAUUGUGCCCUCUUCAGCAAAACCGUUUAAUUUCCAGCUGCAAUACCGACUCACAGAGGAACAGGCACUGGAGGUUAGUGACCAUUACCCAGUGGAGGUCCUGCUGAGGGACAUCGGACACAAAGCCUUCAGUGCUGCCACUUACAAGUUCCUGUCUCUGUGCCUGUACGUCCUCGGCCACCUUGUCUUCCAAAGGCUCAUGUGCUAGUUUAAUGAUACACCUUUGGGGCUUUUGGUCAUCUGAGUCUGAGGACACCCUCAGAAAGGCCUUCGUCACAAACGGAUGACUCUCCAACUCGUGGAUUCAAACAUGCUAAAUACACCACUAGCACUAGAUGUUUGGUUCAGAAUCAGAAUCAACAGCAGAAAAACACACAACUGCUGGCGCUUACCUUUAUAUAACCUCCAGUGUAGUAUUUUAAUCAGCUGCUAUGGAACAUCUCAUGGAUAUCUAACCAAACGUGUUCAGGGAGCGAGGGAGGAACUCAACAGCAAGAGUUGAGGCACUGAAAAAUGUACAUUGAUGAUUAAAUGAAUAAAUGAUUUAAUCAUUUAUUAAAUGAUUUCUCUAUACAAUUCAAAUGCUUUAUAAAGAGUUCAUGCACAUUUCUUUUUAGUCCACAUUUCUGGGAAGGAAGGAUAAUGAUGUUAAAUAAUCAGAAGCCAAACCUUGACAUGUUGUGUUUACUUUUUCCUCAAUGCAGGUUGUGUUUUUAUUUUAAUUUAUUAUAGUGUUCUCUCAUUCUCUGUCCGGGGCCAAGAGAUUUCUUUUCUGAAGUUCUGUUUUUUUUUCACUUUCAAUUUGAGCACAAACAAAAGCUGAGAGCUAAUAUUGUGGAACAACAAAAAGAAGCUCACAGUCCUGCAGAAGCAAACGGCGUGUGUAUACAAACGUGUACACAUAAUACAAUGAUUAUUGAAUGAUUAUGAGGAAAACAUGAAGACCUUAUUUAAAUUCAGUAUUUGGUUUGAUUGCAUUGGAAGUGAGAACGUCCUGUUUAGUUUCUUUAUUUGUUGAAUGCAGGAAUAUUUUGUAUGUUUUAAUAAGUCGGGUUCAAUAAAAAAGUCUGUUUCC